UUAGAAGAACAAAAUUGGAUCAACAUGGCAGAAAUGAAAAGUCCAAUAUCUAUUUUACAAGAAAUUAUGAAGAAGAAACAAGAAGUUCCAAUUUAUGACCUCAUAGUUAAUCAAGGGGGAACUCAUAUAAACACAUUUGUAUACAAAGUCUCCUGUGACAACUUAGUAGCAACGGGUAAAGGAAGAUCGAAAAAAGAAGCAAAACAUAACGCUGCAAACGCAUUGCUGGAAAUUAUUAUGAGCCGUGAAUUGCAGCAAACAACAAUUACUAUGAUGCCCCCCAAUAUUGAACCUUUGAAUUUAACAACACCGCCAAUUCAUUCAAAUAAACAGUUUGAAAAUCCGGUUGGUGACCUACAGAUAUUGUGCAGCAACAAUAACUUAAGUGCACCUGAAUAUCAAACAGUGAAGGAUGAAUCUGAAAAUAAUAAAAUUUCUACUAUUCAAUGCAACGUGACCAUCCCUACCGAAAUCGGUAAUGCAGAAACGCAAGAAUUAAGCUAAGCAAGAAGCCGCAAGAAAAACGUUAAGUAAAUUACAAAACCUAAGGCUUGAUGUACCUCAAGAAAAUACAAGAUUAUAAUACAAAAAAGUUAUUACUAUCAUACGGAAAUAUGGAAUUCCGUUCAAUCAAAUAAAUUCUGUGCUCCUAAUUAAUCCUAGUGUACAGGCCCUACUAGAAAGGAAGUAGGGAUGGGAAACUCUGUAACACCAAACGCAUAUCCACCACUAGAGUAUCCAGUCCCGAAUAAGAUUCAUAUUUCCCAAAAUGGGAUCCUACAAUCUCCGGGUAAACAAACCCAAAUUUACAAAGAAGAAAUAAGUUAUGGAACAAUCCUAGAUUGAAGUCACAAACUGAUUCCAUUCUAUACCAGUGUGCGGCCUUCUCUAAUCAGGCAUUAUAAAGGAAAGAUUACCGGCACUGAGACAAAUCCAUAUUUUCAAUGAAGAAAUGAAAUAAAACAAAUCCUAGAAUGAAGUCGCAAAACGAUUCUAUUCUAUACCAGUUGUACGGCCUUCCUUAAUCAGGCAUUAUAGAAGGAAGUUUACCGGCACUGAGACAAUUCAGGUAGUCAGUCCUCAGACAGUCAGUCAGAAAUUUACAUAAUGAUAACCUUCUAAUAUUAUAAAGAAGAAAGCACAGAAACACAAAAGAUAUAUUUGUAAAGCGACAAAAGAAGAAAAUCAAGAGAAAGGUACCGAAAUAAUAAUAAUAAAAAAAAAGGAGAGAAGGAAUAUUUACGCCAAGAGUUAGAAAAAGAAAAUCAAAGGAAUUACCAGAAGAAGAGAAACAAGAUGAAGAACUUCAAAAAAAUCCAGCCUGAAGAAACUGAACCAUCCAUCUCGGCAGAUCAAAUUGUACAAUCAUCGGAAACCGGAAAAAUCCAACCUGAACCUGCUGAACCACUUACUCCACAAGAAGCGGAUAUAAUCGAACAAACAAGGGACAAAGAAGAAAUAAUUAAUGAAGUACUACCAGACCCGCCAGAAGAUGAAGAACCAUUCAUCGAAUUUCCUCCCGAACCUCCCGACGAAGAUUCAACUAUGUACGAAGACUGAGACGGAGACUCAUUGGACUCGGAAAGUAUAAAUUCUAACGAACCCGAAGACAUCGAUAUCAUAUUUGAUGAACCACCACAAUAUGAAUUUCUUAAAAUAAUAAAAACUAAAGAACCAUUAUUAACUCAAAAGAAUAAUUUAGUAGUAUUUUUAACAUACCAAGGUACACCUGCGUGUGAAGGAGCCAAAGAAUUACAGGAAGCAAAUUUAUUACCAGACAUCAGUGAAAUUAUUCCUAAUAUACCAAAAGUAGAACCAUAUGAAAAUCAUUACUUAAUUUUUGUUCCAAUUCAGGAAAGGAAAACAGCUCCAAUAACCGCGAAUCAAAUAAUUACCGGACUAAGAAUUAUAAAAAAUGUUUUAGACGAAUUGAAUCUUUCCAGUUUUGCUAUUAGAGAAUCUCCAUCAUUAGGAGAUGUAUCAUGGUAUUUAAUAAAUAAGAGAAUAGUAGAAUUAUUUAGCGAUUACAGAAUUACAAUAACAUAUUGUCAAGGAAAAUUAAAGGUACCUCCAGAAAAUGAAAGAUUAAGAAUAAUUAUAGAAACUCAUAAUUCAAUAAUUAAUGGACAUAAAGGUGUAACUAAAACACUCGAAAGAAUCAAAACAUAACAUGUAUGGCCAAAUAUGAAAACAGGUGCAAAAUUACGUAAAAGCAUGUGAAAUCUGUCAGCUUAAAAAAUUAACUAGGGUAAAAACUAUGCAACCUAUGAUAAUAACUUGUAACCGUAAACACGGCCCGCGUGUACCGGCCACAUAUCUGAUGCGUAAGAACAUUCGAGAAGUCAUAAUGUUACGUAACCAGGGGAUCGACGAUCGAUCACGUAACCGACGGAUCACUUCGUACUCUCCUUCCGUAGGAUCAAGUCCGCGUUAGAUUACCAAAGACAUAAUUGCGAGCCAGCAUACUAAAGAUAUAGCACCGUAUCUGACUUGAGAAUAAAUACGGAAACCGAACUCCGUCCAGGUCGGUUAGAAUCAUAAGCCCGUGAGUGAGUGUGUGAGUGUGGAUGCGUGGCCACGACAAAUAAGGAAAUUCGUACCUGCGUGCGUUGGACAGGGUUACGCCACCGAUCCGUAAGUCGUAUACUGCAUAUAUUGUAACGCGAGAACCGAGAAUUUAGAUUAGUUAAAUAGGCCACCGAUCUGGCAACAAUCGUAAGUCCGAUUUCCUGCAGCGACUCGCACCGCGGCCAGUCAAACAAACGCGUGGUUCAACAGUACAUACGCGCAACCCUAGUCAUCUUUAUAUGUUGAAAAUAUACAUCAAAUUCUAUUGUUC